CAUCCGUUCUAACCGGAAGUUGUGGGUAUGUGUCGCUGCUCUGUUAGAAGAAUGCAAAAGUCAUAUUUUUGAUCAUUGUUUUUACGUUUUAAGACUACGAAAUGGCGUGGAAGGGCACAGGCUCUCCUCUGCCUCCAGCCUCGUUACAUCUUCUGGUCCCGCCAGUGAGGCUAUUGUCAGCUUUCAUGUGGCAGAUAGUAGAGCAGCACAGUGUGAUGCAGUACGACAAGCUGGUGGACUUGAUCAGUUUGGUGACAGAGAUCGUCCCAGAGCUCCUGAGUCCCAGCCAGAGAGCUCAGAUCAUCCUGGGCCUGAGAGCAAGGCUGGUCCUGGAGCUCUGUCGUGGUGAUGGUGUCGCCAACCUACAGACCAUCCAGAGCCACCUGGAUAAAAUCCAUACCUGUAGUGCUGAACUGAGCGCCACUGAUCAGAUGGCUGGCGGUGAUAUACUGAAGACGUCUUACACAAACUUUGCCAGCCUGGUCCAGAAUCUUUUGAAUGUUCCUUUUGAAAAGGAGUUCUUCUUCCAAGAGGUGUUCCCUGUAAAUUACGGCUCUAACUACGACCAAAGUCUGCAGCAGCUGGUGUCUGAGUUGCUGGCCAGGCUGGAGCAGCUGCUGCCCAUUCCAGACCUGCAACAGACAGUAGCAUGGCUCACAGAAACAUCUGUGUCAGAAGAAUUUGGACUGCAUCUGUCUGAACCUUUUGCCCUAAAGACUCUGCUGCUUCAUCACAGACAGUUGGGGACUCUCAGUUCUGCUCCUUCCAGCAGCGAGGAAGAUAUCCUUUUGUCCACGCUGGCUCUCCCUGCUCAAACUGCUGUGGAGAGGUUCGCUGAGCCUUACAGUGAGGAGGAGGAUUAUGACAAUGAGGAAGAGUCCCUGGCAUUGGAACAGUUAGAAGAAGACUCGAGUCAAAGCUCAGAUGCCUUUGUAAAUCAUUGGUUGCCAAAAAGGGAAUCAGGUCCUCUGUCACGUUUAUUUAUCUGCCCUCAGUGUUCAUUCGCUCACCGCAUAAAGAAAAAAGUCCAAGACCACAUCCUGAGUGAGCACCUCGUAAGCGAUCCCAUUCAGAAAAAAAUACCUGUAAAAAAAGCCGCAGCAAAGACUCAGCAGAAAAGUAAAGACUUGACCGGUGAAAAUAUCAAAGUAGAAGGCAACUUUGAGAAAAAGAGGAAACAUAAACAAAAAGGCGGUGUUGAUAAAAAGCAGGAACAUAAGCAGAAGAAGGACAACUUAGAAAACAAGAGACGACGAAGACGGAAAGAGACCACGGGAGAGGACAAGAGGUUUCUGAGCACGAGACCUGUCAACAAAAACUUCACAGAGGAAGAAAUAAGAUGCCUGAAGUGUAGAAAGGUUUUUGAACUUCCAAACCAACUCAAGACUCACAUGAGGCUUCACAGCUAUGCAUACUGCUGCAUCCAAUGUGAGAAGGGAUUCACCAGCUCGUCAGGUUAUUAUCAGCACCAGAGACUCCACAAGAGAGGACGGAAAUUCUUCUGCAGCCAGUGCAACAAAGGAUUCCUGUGCAACUAUUCACUCAAGCAACACGAGCGCUUGCACGAAGGCCCCACCAACCUGUGCACGAUCUGCGGGAAAGGCUUCAGCAAAACAGGAAUUACCAGACACAUGCAAAUGCACAAAGGGGAGAAGAAUUACUUGUGCACCACAUGUGGGAAGUCGUUUUUUUCCUCUGGGGAGCUGCUGCUGCACAAUCGGUCCCACACGGGUGAGGUGCCGUACACCUGCACACACUGCGGGAAGGGUUUCUCCUCCAAGAGUCACCUGAACGUUCACACACGCUCUCACACUGGGGAGCGUCCGUACUUGUGCUCGGAGUGUCCGAAGCGUUUCCUCACACUCAACUGCCUGAAGAGACACACGCUCAGCCACAACGGGGUGAAACCGUUCAAGUGUACGAGCUGUGAGAGAGAGUUCUCCCAGCAGGGGAAUCUGAAAAGACACUUAGCAACUCAUAAACCUGACACGUAAUGUGAAGUUGUUAAAAGCAGAAUGUAGUCUAAUACCUUGCCAUGUUUUCUGAAAACGUGUGAACACUUAAAGGGAUAGUUUAGAUUUAUUGAAGUUGUGUGAGGUAUUUAUCCAUAGUCAGUGUACUGCCUACAGUAGA